GCGCUCUACUCUAAAAGGCAAUAUUUGAGCUACCUACAGGGUACUGGUACGAGCGCAGGUCACAAGUACUGUCCCCAAGACUCUAAAGCUGAGAUAAACCUUGAGCACAUGAAAGUCACAAGUCACAAGUCACGAAGUACCGAAGACUAGGUAGGAAUGCUGUCCCACAGCGCCUCGGUCCCACAGGUACAGAGUCGUGCAAAUCUCGAAAGGGAAAUUCUCAGCGGUGUCAGUUGCACUAGUCCACUGAGAAUUCCCUUAUUCAGUUCCGACGUUUUCCCGCCCCCCCACCAAACAAGAAGCGGGCAUCCUCGGCAUCGCAUUGUCCUAACGGGGCCAGACCCCUCACUCUCUUCACCUGCUCCCCACCACAUCACACCCCACCGAAAUAACAUCUCGAAUCUAGAGCUCGGAGCAUCACACGCUCACGAAACAGCCCUUGUACCCUCUACAGGCAAGGCAAGGCAAGGCAAGGCAAGGCCAAAGCUCUUAAACCGCACUAGAAACAUUUCGACUAUACCGGAAAAAACUUGCUCUCAUGUCACGAUGCGAGCUUCUCCAGGUUCCCUAUUGUUCUACGUCUCUCUCCCUCUCAUGUCUGGCUAAUCACGGUAGACGUAAUGUCAUAGACCCAUACUCUACAUGCUACCUAUCCACGGCCGGAGAAAAGUAUGGGGACACUAGGUUUAAAACGCUGCUUAGGCAUGUACUAGUGUACCGCUCGCAGAACGUUUCUGGCAAUUUACACCGGUAGGGCAAAAGCUUGCUUUAAAGAGUUUAUACUGAGUUAUGUCGUGCGGUGGUUGCUCGAAUUCUAUUUAUCACUUCGUCCCCAUCAUCUGCUUGUAGUUCUGUACUUCAGUCCUUUCAUAUUUUUCGAUCAAUCACUUCCUUCUCACAUUCGCAUCUCGAGUUACGUUUUUCGAACACCGAAGUACGAGCAGCUGUCACACAGAGCACUCAAACCCUAAAAGCUCAAAUAUCCUCGAUCUCGACUUAAAAGUUCCUCAUCUUCUUUUUACAUCACCCACACAUUCUUCACUAUGGCCCCUUCAGCAAUCAGCGUCUACCCCCAACGCGAUGGCGCUGAUCUCGAGGAGGUCUCUGACCUGGUAGAUGAGAUCAAUGUCAUGAAAGCCGAGAUCAAGAAGAAAGAAGCCAAAGCCGCCACCGACGAGAAGGCUCGCUUCGACGUUGAGAAAGACAAGACCCAAUUCCGCAACUACCUCGAGAGCAACACCAGAGUUUACGGCCUCUACAAGACCCAGCACGAGAAUCAGACCGUGGCAUUCAACCGCGAGGUCCGUGAGAAGUUCCGCACCACCACCCGCGCUGAGAUGACCGUCUGGGAAGCCAUGGAGAAGCUCAACACCUUCAUCGACGAGUCUGAUCCCGACACUAGCCUCUCCCAGAUUGAGCACUUGAUCCAGUCUGCUGAGGCUAUGCGCAGAGAUGGCAAGCCCCGCUGGAUGCAAGUCACUGGCCUCGUCCACGAUCUCGGAAAGCUUCUCUUCUUCUACGGUGCCAACGGCCAAUGGGAUGUCGUUGGCGAUACCUUCCCUGUCGGCUGUGCCUUCAGUGAUCAGAUCGUCUAUCCUGAGACUAUGAAGGGCAACCCAGAUUACAACAACCCUGAAUACAACACUAAGUACGGUAUCUACGAGCCUGAAUGUGGUAUGGACAACGUCAUGCUCUCGUGGGGUCACGACGAGUACUUGUAUCAUGUCUUCAAGGACCAAUCCACCCUUCCUGAUGAGGCCCUCGCUAUGAUCCGCUACCACUCUUUCUACCCAUGGCACCAACAAGGUGCUUACGAGUACUUUAUGAACGAGAAGGAUCAUGCAAUGCUGGCGGCUGUAAAGGAGUUCAACCCUUAUGAUCUGUAUAGUAAGAGUGACGAGGUUCCCAGUGUUGAAGAACUCAAGCCAUACUACCUCGAUCUCAUCGAUGAGUUCUUCCCACAGAAGGUCAUCAAGUGGUAGAUCAGUCUGUCUUGACCUAGUGAGGUCACAGUCAGAUCAUGCAUAUCAAAAAUAGGAAGUGAGCAAGGAGUUACAGCGUACAGUGAACUAAGCAUCUUAGAAAUGAAGAUUAAGAUCACGCUUCUAGCAGCUAGAUCAUAGUUUCAGGCAGAGCUAGAUAUUCACGAUUUUUUUUUCUUUUUUAAGCAAGGAACUCUCAUAUAAGGAAUAGAAAGCUCGAAUAGGCUAGGAUUAUAUGUCUAGGUAGCUGGUAUUAGAUAUAACAUAGGG